CACCCUGUCCCGAGCGAGUGGAGGAAGAGGAGGCAGUAGCAGCAGUAGCCACGCAGCAGAGCAGAGCAGCCGCAGCGGGCACGGCCAUGGGCAGCAGCAGCAGCAGCAGCCCGCAGGCUGUGGGCGCUUAGAGCGAACAGGGCUCCGUGUGGUGGUGCCAGCUCACUCCUCCUCCUCCUCUCCGGGCUGCGGGGCUCCCCCUCGCACCCCUCCUCGCCGCUGCUACCGCAAGUCGCUCACUGGCACAGGCUCCGUCACCACCCAGCAGACAUGGCCAGAGAUCCCGAGCCAUGGGUGCUCUUCACGAGGAACCUGCAGGCCACGCUCACCUACUGCAGCGUCUUCUUCACCUUCGGCCUGUGCGCCUCCUUCCUGGGGCCCACGCUGCUGGACCUGCGAUGCCAGACCCACAGCUCCCUGGAGGCCAUUACUUGGGUGUUCUUCUCGCAGGCCCUCUGCACGCUGCUGGGCAGCGUUCUGGCCGGAAUGCUGCUCAAACGAGUGUCGGCGGCGCCGCUGCUGUUCGUGGCGACGCUCUCCGUGUCGGUGCUCUUCGUGGUGGUGCCGCUGUGCUCGCACGUCGUGCUGCUGGCGCUCGUGCUGGCGCUCGUGGGACUCGCCAUGGGCUGCAUCGACACCAUCGCCAACACGCAGAUCCUGCGCCUCUUCCAGCACAACGCCUCGCCCUUCCUGCAGGCUCUGCAUUUCUGGGCGGGUCUGGGUGGCCUCCUGAGCCCUCUGAUCGCCGAGCCCUUCCUGUCGGACGACCACUGCCUGCUGACGGCCAACGCCACGGUGCACAACUUCUCCAAGCUGGAGUCGCUGCGCAGCGAGCUGGUGCCGCACCACGUGGCGGCGCGGCACGACGCCGUCGUGCUGCCGCUGAGCGGGCGCGCCGUCACCAACGUGCAGUACGCCUUCUGGAUCAUGGCCUUCAUCAACCUGCCCGUGCCGCUGGCGGUGCUCUUCCUGAUGGUGCGGAGCCGCUGCAGCCAGUGCUGCAGCCAGGAGAAGGCCCCGCUGCUCGGGGAGGACAUCUCCAUGGACGACGACGACGGCGACUCGGGGCCCGACCACGACCGACAAGGGCCUACACAACAUGGAAUUCUGAACUGUUUCACUGGGCAGAACUUGUCGACAAAGAUGAUGUCCAUCCACAUAUUGGGAAUGCUCAUUCUGCUGUUCUCUGAAGGAGUCUUGUCCGAGUUUGCGGGCUUUGUGCACAGCUACUCGACGCACAGCUCGGUGCGCAUGCUGCCCAGCGAGGCGGCCUUCCUCAACAGCCUCUUCUGGGGCUUCAUCACGCUGGGCCGCCUCGUCUCCAUCCCGCUGUCGACGCGCGUGCCGCUCAGCAUCCUCCUCUCCAUCAACUGGAUGGGCUGCGUGGCCUCCUUCGCUGUGAUGCUCACCUUCUCGCGGCACCCCAUGUCGCUCUACUUCGGCACGGCCGCCUUCGGCCUCUUCCUCAGCAGCGUCUUCCCCAGCGGCCUCGCGCUCACCGAGGACAGCCUCAACUACCGCGGUUGCGCCACCACUUUGCUGGUCACGGGAGCGAGCGCCGGAGAGAUGUUCCUUCCCGUGAUCGUGGGAACGAUCAUUGACCAGCAAGGCUACGGGAUCUUCCUGCCCGCUGGGCUGAUCAUCUGUGUGCUGGGGCUGCUGGCAUUCCUGGGCCUCAUCGCGUGCCGACGUUUCUUCAGCUCGCAUGAUGAAGAUCGCCCUCACGAUUCCAAGGUGGAGCCUGGCGGCGCAGGCAUGUGAGACACCCACGCCGACGUUGAGGUUCACUGCAGUUGGGACGCUCCACCGUGCUCCCUCCCCAUCGCACGUCAACCACGUGGCUUCUCUCUCUCGGCACCCCAUGGGAGAAUUACACCCAUCUCGCCUCCUCCCCAGCAUCAACCAGAAACGUAACAUCCUGUAGUGAUCCUAUAGCAAUCCUUUCUCGGCGUAUAGGUGCAUGAGUACAAUGUGUGGUGUAGAGACGCGUUAGGGAUAGUGUGUGGUCUAUUUGAUAAAGUGCUGUGCAGUGUCAAUCCAUUGUUUUCCAUCACCUUUCCUAUGGCUUUUAAGCCUUGACCCCUGAACAGAAAGAAACGAGUCACGUUUGGAUGCAAUAUAUUUAUAAGACUUCCUACCAAACGUUAUGUACAUACAUUUUUCCCUAAAUAGACAAAAAAAAAGGUUCGUACCCUAUUUUCUAAUGUGUGUACAUUCAUAGAGAUAACUAUUGAAUUUGAAAUCUUUCCCCGUGAAAAUCUCAAGGCGAUUUUUCAGAAGAGCCCUGCCCAAGAUGUUUGCCCAAUUCCAGUUUUGUUUUGUUUUCUACAAAGCAUACGAGAGAUGGACACCCUUGCCUUGCCACGCACAUGGCACAUGGUAGGAGGUGACAAGCCCGCUUGCUGUACUGCUCACCGCUGGCACCACCUCGUUUAUCAACAGGGGUGUGCCCCCCACGUGGACCGUCGUGUCUCCCAUCCCCGCGCGUUCCACCAACUCCCAACAUCGGGCUCGCGACGUUCAGGACGCAGCGUCUUUCAGUGCGAAUGAGCGUGCGGCAUUGAUCGCCCGCAACCUGAGCAGUUGGUGAAAAUGCCACAUCCCAAAGGCGGGGGGGGACCGUUCGGUCUGGAGGUUGAUCGACUGACUGUUCACCUCCCGGGCAGUGGUACUCGUUUUGUAUCCGUGCUGGAGAGACGAUGAGUCGAGUCGACACCGGCAGAAUGUAACUGGUGACUCUCCAAUCAUGUGUUAAACGCCUGUGCCACAGAAUUUGUUUGGAAGUUUGAUAUAAUUAAGUUAAAGUCAUAAUCACGGUGGAUAAAACAAGUAGCGCAGCUUGUGUGAAUUCGACAGUGUGUGUACACUAUAGAGCCCGGAUGGAGAUUGUCCACCAACUGGCCCCUGCCAUAGGAAUGUGGAAUUUUCACCGCUUGCUUGGGGCCAUCAACAAAGAGGAGUGCCACAUUGCACUCGUGUGACGGAGCCACUUUUCACGAGAGGGUGAUGAUCGUGUUACGAAUGACUGCGCUUUAUUUUUCCUAAAUCUGUGAAAACUCAUCAUUUAUGUUUGCAACCACCCCCUAAUUUUACUUAAGCAACUUUCUUCGAAACCUAUACCACAAAAAAGUACGUAAGCAUUUUAAACAGUUUACCGUGUGUGUUUUGCUAAGCUGUGAAAAAGCGUGUGAACAUUUUGGUAGCCAUGUACACAACGCUAUAGCUACAUUUUUAUUUGCUUUGCCGCGAAAUUUAUAGCUCGACGCAUAUCCUGAAAAGCAACGCUUGUAUCCUGAUAAAUAUGAGACCACACGGCCUUCUAUAAAACAUAUCCGGUCAAGCGUCACUUAACAAACUCUCCCGGUUCUAUUGUCACGUGUUUUUUUACACGGCACCCUUAACAUUUCGUGCCGAUUUCAACGUCCCCGUUGUCGUAAAACGUCGGCGGUUUCAUAUUUUGUUAGCAAUGUUGCACGCCAAGGUUCAAGAGGUCAUCGCAGCCCACGCUGCUGAAACCGUGACCCCUCACCCGCCGCCUCCGUCGCACGCAUCCCGGUUGUUGCACAGGCGAGCGAUGCCCGAACCAGCAAGGCCCCUUCGCUCGUAUGGUCUCGCAACAUCUGUCUCCAGGGUUUCCCGAUGUCACCGCCACCACCGCCGCCACCUCCGCCGGGUGCCGCCCCAACCUCCCCGCCUCCAUCCUGCACUUUCGCUUCACCUGUUGGUCUUCCCCUUCCCGAUUAAGGCUUCAAGGUUGUCCUGCAAUGUUUAUUCAGAACUUGUGUGUCAUAGUCUUGGCUCUUUCGGUAAAGUCACGUAGAAGGGAAAUAAUAAAAUAAUAAAAAUAAAACAAUAAAAUUCUCACGACGUUUUGACUGCAACACAAGCAAUCACACCUGAUGAUGAUUGCUUGUGUUGCAGUCGAAACGUCGUGAGAAUUUAAAUUUUUUAUUUCUAUUAUUUUAUUAUUUUCCUUCUACGUGACUUUACCGAAAGAACCAAGAAUAUGAAUCUCUGCAGUCACGAAAGCUUUAAAUCGAAAUGUAACUUGUAUGUCGUUUACCCGAUCUUUCCAGGAAAUAGCCUGGCACCGUCUGCAAGUCACCCGCUAUUAUUCAAAGUCCUGAAGCUUUUUGACUGAUCUGUCAAAGUGCACAUGGCGUGGUGUGCGAACAUCUCCAACGAGGAGACAGGUGGCCAUUCUUAGUGUGCGUUUCCUAAAGAGCACCUGUCUCAAAAGUCGUCAAGGUUGCAGGGGGCGGGGGGAGCUUUGUCAUCAUCUUUUGCAACACAAUUAGAGAAAGAUUGGUGUCAUUGUGGCUGCUAUACAUAGCCAUCAAAACGAUCGGUUAUGUUACUGUCUGGCACAUAUCACAAAUAUGAUUCAAGGUCAAAUUUAUCACCCAUACAUCCCCUUAAUCAGACCUUGAAAAAUACAAGGCCUCACAAUUUUCUAAAUAUAGGAAAAUCAUCUCAGCAGACGCGACUUGUCAGAUCAAUUUCAAGUUCAAGCAAAUACUUUAUUAGACAUGCCAUCCACACAUCACCUUGCAAUGCAUUUAUUAGUAACCUGCUCUUUGCAUGCUUGAGAGUGGGGUAAUUAAGUGUCAUCACAGUAGUCACCUUAGCUUGAUCUAAGAAAAACCCGAAACGUUGCAUGCUUACUCUGUAGAGCAUUUAGAUCCAUGCUUGUUAGGCACUAGCUGUGUGAACCAUACACGUUUAACUUGGUGCGGAAAGAGGCUGGGAUCGACAUUUAUACUCCGUCGUGAUAACACUCCGAGAUGGUGCCGUGGUCUAUCGGUGAGCGCACUGGACUUGCAAGCCACAGGUCGCCGGUUAAACUCAAUCUCUUGGUCUUGGCAAGUUACAAAAAUGGCAAGUUUCUUAUAUCCUCACUGCCUGUCCACCCAGCGGCAUGAAUAGCUACACCGCAUUUGGCCAUUGGCAGGUCGUGUGUGGUGGGGGAAAGUGUGGGUACUCCAACAACUUUCUUCGCAUUAGUUUGGGGUUGCUGAUGGAUCAGAGCGCCACCCAAAUCCUCAAGCAGGAAGAUCUUAUAUUCGUUUUGUCACGUAUUUAAUAAUACACCGUGACGUGUGAUGACUCGAAAGUUGAACGUUUGACUAUGGUUUCAGUGUGGAGUUUCGCAAGUGGUAUUCGAUGAAAUGAAAAUGAUUAUAAAGGGUUGUUAGGUUGCAAAGGUUGCACCGCAAAGAUGGUAUCUGCAGUGAGCCAACCAAUCGGAUAUGGGAUGUCUCAAUAAUGUGAGUUUUGUAAACCAAUUACAGUUAAAAUAUCCUCUUCACGAUUAUAUAUCCAGGUGAUUGGAAGCCGCCAACACGUCUAUUUAAUGUGUUCCGUUUGAUGGGUCCCCUUGAGGGCAGACACCACGUGAUUGUCAUAUUUAUCCCAAGAUGUGUUCCAUGCAACAGUGAUCCUCCGCAGUCUCUAACCAAAUAAACCGCUCACCGCCUUGUCAA